GCUCGCUUACGGCCAGAAACUGGGAGGGAUGCGCUCCGAAUGGAGGCGCAAGCACUGUGCCAGGGUGGACGUCUGGAUUGCCACCCUGAACCAGUUCUUGCGACCCCGCCAGCGACGUCAGAUGCACAUUCUCUGCCGCGGGCCCUACUUCACGCCGAAGGAAGCUGCGGAAUACGCAAACCUGAGCAACCAGUUGCAGCAAGUGUACACAUCGGCCAGCAUGUGCUACAACGGCCGCUGCUACGUGGGGGACGAGCAGCUGGAGAGAGCCAUGCAAAAUUCUCGGCAGCCGGAGUUCCUGGAAUGGGCGUGGGUGUCGUGGCGAGACACAGUGGGCCGCCCAUCCAGGUCAAUCUUCAGGAAGCUCGUCAUUCUCAUGAACACUGCCGCCAAGCGCAGACAUUACAUGGACAUGGGGGAAUGCUGGCGAGAAGAACUAGACACACGGCUGCUGGAGGAAGAAGUGUUCAGGCUGUACGAACAAGUAGAACCACUAUAUAUCAUGCUCCACGCUGUUGUUCGCCACCAUCUCGCCAACUACUAUGGCGACGACAUUGUCGACCGCAAAGAGCCAAUACCAGCACAUCUCCUAGGAAACAUGUGGGCACAGAACUGGGCAGCACUGACCGACGUGGUGAUGCCGUCGGCGAGCCAGUUCGAUAUCGGCCGUAUGUUGCGCCAGCACGGUGUAACCGUGAUGUCGAUGGUGCGCUCCGCCGAGGACAUGUACGUGUCCAUGGGGCUGCCCAAGAUGCCGGAAUCCUUCUGGAAGCGGUCGCGCUUCGAGCGCACCGCCCUCGGAAACGUGAACUGCCACGGUACCGCUGCCAAUAUGUUCCAGGAUAACGACUACAGAAUGCUUUACUGCGCAGAAGUCUCAAGAGAAGAUUAUGAAGUCAUCCACCAUGAGAUGGGACACAUAGAGUACUACAUGGCCUAUGAAAAUCAGCCCACUAUUUUCCGGGAGGGCGCGACGUCGGCACUGCAGGAGGCAGUGGGCGACGCGGUGAGCCUGGCGGCGUCAGUGCCGCAGCACCUGCAGCGCCUGUCCGUCACCAACGACUCCGCCUCAACUGACGAAAUGAGUUUCAGCGUGCUGCUGCAGCAAGCUCUCUCCAGAAUUCCACAACUGCCCUUCGCCUUGGUUGUGGAUAAAUGGCGCUGGGAUGUUUUCCGAGGUGUCAUUUCUCCCGAAACUUAUAACCACGACUGGUGGCACCUCAGGAAGAAAUACCUAGGCAUUACUCCGCCUGUCCCAAGAUCAGAGGCUGAUUUUGACCCUGGUGCGAAGUAUCACAUUGCAAAUAACGUACCUUACAUCAGAUACUUUCUAAGUGGUAUAUUGCAAGUGCAGCUGUUUAAAGGGAUGUGUCAGCACGCUAUAUAUGGGGCGGUUACUGACAAACCAUUACCAUUCCCUCUUCAUCAGUGUGACAUAUAUGGAUCAAAGCGCAGUGGAGCAGCAUUAUGGCGCAUGCUCAAACUCGGCAGAAGUCGCCCAUGGCCAGAAGCUUUGAAAAUACUUACUGGAUCAAAACACUAUGAUGUUCAGCCACUUCUGGAGUAUUAUGCACCAUUAACAGCUUGGUUAAAACAGCAAAUCGAGAAAUAUAAUAUCACAGUAGGGUGGGAACAUGAAGAACCUGCCGCUAGUUAAUACUGCUAAAUACUACGUGUGGUAGUUAUGGUAAGAUGUAGAUGUAGUCAACUGAAAGCGAGACAGGUGGGAGAACAGUAAGUACAGAUUUUAUUAUUUAAAAAGUAAUCACCAUAACUGUUAAUCCAUUAUUCCCACUGUGGCAUAAGAUGGUAAAUUCCUUCAUAGAAAAAUGUUUCCGAUUGCCUAUGGAACCAAGAUUGUACACUGGCAUGCGCAUUUUCGUUCGAAGCAAUUCGACGACCACAAAUGUUUAUUUUACUGACUCCAAAAAUUUGUAAAAACACAUGUAUGAUGGAUGUGUGAUGGCUUCGCAGCGAAACUUCUUUAGAGUAGUGGAAACAACCUGCCAAAACAGUGGCCGCCCAUAUAUUGUCAAGGUUAUUGCUAGUACCCUGCAGAGUUUACGCUGAGAAGCCGCCACAAAUCCUCUAUACAAUCCCGAUUUCUACCCAUGCCAUUUCCACGUUUUUGGUACCCUGAAGGAGGAAAUUCGUGUCCGUCGACUUACAUCAGGUGAAGAGCUGCACUUAGGCAACGGCAAUUAUAUUUCCAUGAAGGUACUGGGCGUUUUGUCUCGCAGUGGGCUCGAUAUAUUAACAGUUAUGGCGAUACCUUUUGGAAUAAGAAAUAGUUUACUAUACUUACGUUUUCCAUCCGUUUCGUUUGUAUUUGACUGAACUUUAUAUAUAAAGAGAAGAUAAA